UGAAUUUGGACUGUUUUCUGCUCAGCCAUGGCCGGAGUCCAGGCUACGGAGCCUGCCCUGGAGCCCCGGGUCGAAAUGUCCAAAACCAGCCGAAUGCCAGCAGAGGGAUACGACAAGAAAUGUAUUUUCUGCAAGAUUGUGAAUAAUGAAAUGGGCACAGAGCUGCUUCACAGCGAUGAAGAGAUCUCGUGUUUCAGAGAUAUUAAACCAGGAGCUCCACAUCAUUACCUCGUUGUCCCAACAAAACAUGUUGGGAACUGUAAAUCCCUCAAGAGAGAUCAUGUGCCUUUGGUGAAGCAGAUGGUGGACAUAGGAAAGGAGAUCCUGCAAAAAAACAAUGUAACCGAUCUGGCUGAUGUCAGGUUUGGCUUCCACUGGCCCCCUUUUUGUUCUGUCACACACCUACACCUUCACGUACUAGCCCCCGCCAGUGAGAUGAGCUUCAUGUCCCGCCUCUUCUACAGACUCAACUCAUAUUGGUUUGUCACUCCUUGCUGACAGCAGCAAGAGAAAGUGCAGAUGCCGUUUGGCAAAAUUACCCUGAUGGACAUCUGUUUAAGCCAAUGACGUGAAGGAAUCGAGCCAGCCAGCCAAUCACCGAUGGGUGGAGCGGCCGUGAAGGUGUCCCUGUGGUGUCUCUGAGAUAAAGCAGAUUAUACUGCUUUCAGGGAGAGGAAUUUAUCCACACACGCAUGUCUGUUAUUGCUCAUGGUGAUAACAAAGGAGACACACUUUUGUAUAAAGUUUUAUAAAACAGUUGUUUUAAAAGAAGCUAACAUUGGCAAUGUUGCCCAUAAAAUGACAACGGAGAAUUGUGAUAUUUGCACUUUCGCCGAAUUAAUCAAUGUAUUAUAUCGCGGACACAACUCAGACAUUUUGACAGUUACGUCAGUCGAUAGUUAACUCUGGAAUAAAUCUCACAUUCUUAAGCCAUCCAUGCUAAAGUCGUCACCGUGCGGAACUUUGCUUCUCCGCGCAGUCUUCACCCGGAAGUUUUAUGAACGCGCUAAAGAGAUGGCCACUACCAGCUCCAGAUCAUGCCUCCAAUAUUUACUGCACCUUGCCCAAGACAACCUGGACUUCAGGUUACCGGAAAUAAAGGCUCUGCUGGCUCUCAGAGGGAAACCAUUCCACCCCUCUGGAAACUUCAAAGAACUGUCUCCCUUUUGGUGCCUGGAUGGUUUGUCUGAGGAGGAUGUUCGCAGUGUCAUGGCCAGAUCUGUGUGUGCAAAGUCUGCUUUUGAACUGUGGGGUCAUGGACAAACGCACGGUGAACUCAGAACAUCCCUGUUAAACUACCCAUGGGAGAAAAUGAGCCCGUUUGUGCAGAGAGACUCCACAUACAGAAUUAACGUUUACACUUUCAACAAAACUUUGCUGUUUGCGGACAGAAUCAAGAGGAUAGAUGCUUUGGAAUAUCUUCCUUUCGAGGGCACAGUGUGCCUGAAGAGUCCUCAGCACAUCUUCUGCUUGCUGGAGGAUUACGGCACCGAUCCCAACAACAUCCCAGAGCAUCCCGAUUACAUCUAUUUUGGCAGAUGGAUUGCAGACGGUCAGCGGGAACUGAUUCGCUCUCACAGUGUGAAGAACAGACAUUUCAUAGGAAACACCAGCAUGGACGCUGGCCUCUCCCUCAUCAUGGCCAACCAAGCUAAAGUCAAAGAAAACGACCUCGUGUUUGACCCAUUUGUUGGCACGGGGAGCCUGCUGGUAGCUUGUUCUCAUUACGGCGCCUAUGUUUGUGGAACAGAUAUCGAUUACAACACUAUUCAUGGCAAAGGCCGGUCCAGCCGAAAGAACCAAAAGUGGCGAGGACCCGAUGAGAACAUCAGAGCUAAUCUUCGGCAGUACGGAGCAGAGAAUAUGUACGUGGAUGUGAUGGUGUCUGACGCAUCCAAGCCUGUGUGGAGGAAUGCUGCUCUGUUUGACGCCAUCAUAACUGACCCGCCAUAUGGUAUUCGAGAGUCCACAAGAAGAACGGGGUCUCACAAGGACAUUGCUAAGGCCGCAGACGGCAUCUAUGCAGAGUCUCACGUGCCCGUGUCGCAGGCCUACCACCUGAGCGACAUCUUUACCGAUCUGUUAAACUUCUCUGCCCGCCACCUCGUCAUUGGUGGAAGGCUGGUCUACUGGCUGCCAGUCUACAGGCCAGAGUACUGUGAGGAGAUGGUUCCUCUCCAUCCAUGUCUCCGGCUCAUCAGCAACUGUGAGCAGACGCUGUCCAGCCACACCUCACGACGCUUAAUGACCAUGGAGAAGAUCAAAGACCCCGAGGAGUUGGACGGGCUGGCUCACCUGUCAGAUCCCCGCUUCAGCCCCUACGAGGGACACAACGCCUUCAGGGAAAAGUAUUUCAGUGGACUGAACAAAAGGUGUAGCAAGGAAGAGUCGAAACAUGACCAAUAAAAAACGGCAAAUGUCUUUUGCAAGUUCAAACAGAAAAGAAAGAAACAUUUUAGGUAAUACUUAAUUGUCUGUGCUUUAAAAAAAUACAUUUUAUACUCGUAUUUUUAUUUCUUUGCCAAUAAAUGGAUUUAAAAAAUG